AUGUCUGCGUGUAUGGACGAGCCGACAGACGCGACUUCGAGCCUGAACGUUCCGCUAAUCCUCUACAAAUCAUCAAACUCCCCAAAAUCCGCGAGCCAAAAUCUUGACUACCCUUCCAUCGUCAAGUCAUCAAAAUCCUCGGGCCACCAUCGUGACUCCCCUUCCUUCAUGGAGUCAUACGACGACGUUCAAGACGCCCUUCGGGAUGUCACAAACAACCCUGACGAAUUCGUCACUGAGAACGAUAACGCCCAAUUUCCUCCUGAUGACAACGAGAAGUCCUACCUGGGCCCCCGCGAGGCUGGCUGGACGGACCCCGUUCCCUACAGCUAUGAAAGCUACAAUGACAGGAACUUCGCCAACUGGGAUGGCAUGGCGCCUCGUUACGAGUGGAACGAUGAGUACGGUGACAUCGGCCCUCGCAAUGAGGAGCUGGAGAAGCAACUGUUCAAUGACGAGUUCAUGCCACGCGCUGGUCUACGCUUCGACGAGCUAAAGAAGUCUGGCGAAGAGGCCCCUUAUUCAGUCAAGGUCGAGAGUGAGUUCAAGCUCAAGCCUAUCUCCACGUUCGACGAAGCUGGAAUCCACCCAGUGAUGAAGAAGAACCUUGAACUUUGCAUGUAUUCGUGGCCAACCGCCAUCCAAUGCUACACCAUCCCUGCGAUUCACGAGCAGCGGGAUGUCAUUGGAAUCGCUCAGACUGGUUCUGGAAAAACCGGUGCAUUCUUGAUCCCUAUCCUUUCCAAGCUGAUGGGAAAGGCUAAGAAGUUGGCCGCCCCCCGACCCAACAUUGCUGAGGGCUGGGAUCCGAAGGUGAAUGCAGUACGUGCGGAGCCGUUGGUUCUUAUCGUUUGCCCAACACGAGAGCUUGCCAAUCAAAUCUUUGACGAUGCUCGGAGACUCUGCUAUCGGUCUAUGCUCCGCCCCUGUGUUGUGUACGGCGGUGCUCCGGCUCGCCUACAGAGGGAGGAGCUUCAGAAGGGAUGCGACAUCCUCAUUGGGACCCCUGGCCGUAUCCUGGAUUUCAUGCGUCAGCCCCAUGUGCUGUCCCUGCGCCGUGUUCGGUAUACGGUCAUUGAUGAAGCUGAUGAGCUCCUUCAAGCCGACUGGGAGGAGGACUUCAAGCACCUUAUGGCCGGAGGAGAUAUGAACGAAGAUUCCGAUCAUCGUUAUCUCAUGUUCUCAGCUUCAUUCAACAAAGAGUGUCGGAAGCUGGCUGGGGAUUACCUGAGCAGGGAUCAUGUUCGAAUUCGGAUCUCCCGCCCUGGCAGUGCCGUCCGGCACAUUCAGCAAGUGAUUGUCUGGGUGGAGAACCAUAACAAGAAGAAGGCUCUUUACGACCUCCUCUUGAGCCUUCGGCCCACCCGAACCCUGAUCUUCGUGAAUAGCAAACAGGAGGUUGACUAUGUCGACGACUUCCUGUUCAAUCAAGGACUUCCCACGACUUCCAUGCACGGAGAUCGCACUCAGCGGGAGCGAGAGGAUGCUAUCCGUUCCUUCCGUACCGCCAAAUGUCCCAUCAUGAUCACCACUGGCGUGUCCGCUCGUGGCCUGGACAUCGUUAAUGUCAUGCAUGUGGUCAACUAUGACCUCCCCCGUGCUUCUCAGGGUGGCAUCACGGAGUAUAUGCACCGCAUCGGUCGAACUGCUCGUAUCGGUAACGAGGGACUGGCAACGUCUUUCUACAACAGCCGGGAUGAAGACUUGGGACCUGACCUUGUUAAGCUGCUCAUUGAAAGCCAUCAGACAGUCCCAGAUUUUCUUGAGCAGCACCAACCCUCCGACACCAACCCCAGUUUCGAGGACGACACCACGGAUGGCGAGGCCGAAAAGGACAAGGAGGGGGAAGAUGGUGAAACUGGCGCCUGGGCCGCAAACAGUGAUGAUGAUGACACCGAUGCCGACGCUGACAACAAGGAGGAGGAAGCCGAUGAGACAUGGGGUGAAGAUGCGGAGGGCCCUGCCGACUUGGCUGAGGGUGAGUCUGCCGCAGAGGAGCAGACUGAACAAGAGCCUGCCGAAGAAAAGCCUGCUCGGGGUCGUCAACCCGUCGACCGGGACCUGGUUGAAUGGUGA